CGGGGCGGCGGGCGCCGGCGCGGGGCUCACGCGGCGGCGGGCGGCAAUCAUGGACGAGGAGCCGCCGGAGACCGAGCUGGAGAAGUGCGCGCGCGAGGCCGAUCCGAUCCGACCCUCUCGCGCCCCGAGCCCCGCGCCCUGCGAGAGGCGGCGGAGCGGGCGGUGCAGAACGCCGCGGGGUGCGGCCAGUGGGAAUGUCUGCUCUUCCUGAUUGGCGAGAUGCGGGUGCCCGUCGGGUCGGUCGACUCGGGCGGCGUGGCCCUGCAGUACGCCGCCGUGGCUGGGAGGGUCGACGUGCUGGAGGCGCUGGUGGGCGCGGGCGCGCAGCUGCGCGGCAAGGUAGCCGGCAACGUGCUGCUGUCCUCCGCGUGCACGGGCCGCCUGGAGGUGCUGCGCUGGGCCCGUCGGCAGGAGAGGGCGGGCCCGCGGCGGUGGCCGACUGGGGGGCCGACGCGGCGUGGGGCGCCGCGAAGGCCUCGUCCUGGGACGCGGCCCUCGAGCUGGUCGAGGCUGGCGCAGACGUUUGCGGCAGCGCGGGCGGUGGUGCGGGGGCGCGACUGCUGGCGCUCGCCGCCGCGAGGGGGCAGCCGGCGCUGGUGGGCGCCCUGGAGGCCCGCGGAGUCGCGGUGGCCUCCGAGGCCGGGGCGGAGGCGCUGAAGUUCCUCGCGUCGGCCUGGCAGUGGGACGACUGCCCCGACGCGGCCAGGUUUCUCAUCGAGAACGGCGUCGACCUCCACUCGGAGGUAUCGGCCGUGGUCCCGACGCCACUUCUCCCAGACUCGGAGCUGCGCUUCGGCUUGGGCCUGCGGCUGGCGUUGGUUACGGCCGCCAGACAUGGGGACCUGGAAAUGGUGCAGCGCCUGGCCGUGAACGUGGCUGCCGACUCGAGGGCUGCGGGAGCGGCUCUGGCCCGGGCUGGCGAGCUGGGCUCCGACGAGGACAGGGCUGCUGUCGAGGGCUACCUGCGAAGCCUCGGGGCCACGGCGCCGCCGCCCGCCGCCCUGGUGCUGGACGCGGACUUCUGA